AUCCGUUAGUAAGGUAAGGUACCUAACCUAAAAGCUCCAUACAAUAAUUUUUAAGCUUUCUACUUGAGUAGCUCAAUCGAACCAAUUCGAAGAGAUAAAUCGCAAAAAGUUUAUAGCACUUGAGGCGCCUAAACCCGUAAAUAUGUCGCGCUCUAUAGCAACUCCACAGCCGUUUCUACGGGCUCUUCUACAAACUCGCCCGCGAGCACAGCAGUGUCGCCGAUUCAUCUCGACAAACCCCUCCAUUCCCACUUCGUCCCCGCGACGGCCCACAGCAGCAUUCUCGGGUCGCCAGCAACAAUGCACAGCCAACUCCCGACCCCUCGAGCAGCGACGGUAUAAGGCGAAGACGGUAGAAGAGGCGCGCAGCAGAUAUAGGACAGGACCCUUUUCGUGGAAGGCGGGCUUGCUGUUCGUGCUCACGAGUGUGGGGCUUGUAUGGUACUUCGAGCACGAGAAGAAGCGCAUGCAGCGCAAGCGCAUAGCUGAGGCUACCAAGGGCGUCGGACGACCGAAGGUUGGAGGGGCUUUCCAGCUGAUCGACCAUGACGGGAACCCGUUUUCGAGUGAUGAUUUGAAGGGACGGUAUUCUCUGGUCUACUUCGGAUUCACGCACUGCCCGGAUAUCUGCCCUGAGGAGCUCGACAAGAUGGCGCGGAUGUUCGACCUGGUGGAGGAGAAGAUGCCGGGGGCCUUGGCGCCUGUGUUCGUGACGUGUGACCCGGAGCGCGACGACCCCAAGGUGCUCAAGUCGUACCUGGCCGAGUUCCACCCGCGGUUCGUCGGACUCACGGGCACCUACGAGCAGAUCAAGGACAUGUGCAAGGCGUACCGCGUGUACUUCAGCACGCCGCGGGACGUGAAGCCCGGCCAGGAUUACCUCGUCGACCACAGCAUCUACUUCUACCUCAUGGACCCCGAGGGAGACUUCGUUGAGGCGCUGGGACGCCAGCAUAGCCCCGAGCAGGCGGCUAAGGUUAUUCUGGAUCAUAUGAAGGAUUGGAAGGGAAAUUGGAGAAAAUAGGGGAGGAUGGAUGUGUAUAAUGCGAUAAUCCGGAUUGGCACCCUGGCACCCUUCUCAUCUAAGCUUCUAAUAUGUAUUACCCAACCUAACCAGUCGACCCUAUGGAAUACUGUAAUAUGUCGGGUCUACGCCAUCCAGAUGUGCUUGUAUAUAUUUGUAUAAUCAUGUGUUUGAUGUAUAAGCUUAGUAUAAAGAAUUCACCUCUGCAUUAUACACUUCUAAAGAAUUAGGUUACCUAAGGCAACUAUUAUCAAUGUACUACAGAGAUAACUAACAGCGAUUAAUCAGUCGAAAUUAUGGAGUUCCACAGGC